AUGGCUACCACCAAUUCUAUAUUAUCCAAAUAUUUUCCUUUGGAAAAUAUAUCUGAGUUGAUUAGAGACUUGAUUAAUCGAGAUGAUUUGGAACAAGCUUUUGAAUUGAUAACUUUGACUGAUAUAGAUUUAUCGGAAGAUAUCCAUUUAAUUGAUCAAAUAUUUCAAAUAUUUAUUAUCAAAGUUGAAAAUUAUCUGUAUACUACUAAUAAUGCUAGUAAUUCAAUAAGAGAUGCUUCUAACAUAAUUGUAAAUGAUAAACAAUUCAAUUUAUUAUUUAAAAUCAUUUCUUUGGUAACAGGUCUUAAAAAUAGGGUUAAUGAAUAUAUUAAUAAUUGUUUAUCUAACUAUAUAAUAUCCUCUAAGAAUAAACUCUUUGGGAAAAAAUUAUCUACACGACCUCUUAAACAAUUACUAUCUGUUGUAGAAACACAAAAAGAUCCAAACAAUCUUCAUACAUUGGAAGAUGAUCAAAUUAUCCUUUUAUUACAACUCCUUGAAGUAAUAUAUACUGAAGAAGAGGAGUAUAACUUUAAAUAUUCCGAAUUUGUCAAUUUUGAUUUAUGUUUAAUAUCUUUAUUAGGUUGUAAUAUUGAAAACAUCUCAAAUUAUUGCUCUAAGUUAAUGAGAUGGAGACAUCCAUAUAUCCAUGAAAAUUGUUGUUCCAAUAUUGAAUUUGAUCAAUUAGUUUGGAAUUUUUUCAUAUACAUUUAUUCCAAUGAUCAAGAUGCUGACUGGAAACUUAAAAAUCUGUUGACUUUUCUUUUAAGAUCACUUAUGAACCCAAGGAUAUCUUUGAAAAUGAUAGAUUUUUUACAAGGUGAAACUUUCUGGACCAAUUUACAAAAAUCUCUUGAUCAUACAGUACAUGAAUAUCGUAAACUAUCUUUAUCUGUAUUGAAAAUGACUAUACAGAAAUUGACAAUGAAUGAUUCUCAGAUAAAGAAACCGUUCACAACAAAAUAUUUUUUUUGGGACCCAAACAAAUCUUCCCAAAUUGAAAACUCCUGGAAAAAAUUCGUCACCUUAUAUGAAAUUGUAGCACUAGAUACAUCUUUAAAUCAAAUCCAAGCUGCAAGGAAAGAUAUACUUAACUUUUUCAAUGAUCCAUACAUCGAUGGAACUUGGGGGUUAAUCUUCUUUUCAACAGGACAAAGAGCAUCAAUGGAAAGUGUAAGAAAAUAUGUCAUGUAUUUGAUGUUAGAUGUUCAGGAUAGAAAAAUCUUUUCAUUAAAUUUACCACUGUUACGAUCCACUUUAUUACCUUCUGUCCUUCUUGCUCAUUAUUUCAAAGCUGAAUACGAUGAUAAUGAUAUAAGUGUUCCUCAUCCAAACAUAUGUAAGCAUGGUAACAUUGUAUCUCACCUAUUCUACGACAUUUUGGAUAGAGCACCUGCUGAUAUUCAACCAAAUAUUUUAGAUACAUUGCUGAAAUUAUUAAUAGAUUUUGGUACGUCAUUCGACCCUUCAAGGAUUUUCGCCUGUUCAGGUAUAUUUAAAUAUGCCAAAAACACACAAUAUCCGAUAAUUAAAUCAAAUCAUAUUUCAUUAAUCAAAAAACUUUUUGAAUUUGAAUGCGAAGACCAAGUUUUUGAAACUACCAUAAAAACAACACUAUUUCAGCUACUUAAUUAUGUAGAUACAGAUGAUGUUACAGUAAACCAAUGGAUUGGAUGUAUGGCUUCUCAUUUAAAGAAGUGUGAAUGCACAAGAAAACAUAUUGAUGUAUACACAGGCCAUUAUGAUAUACCUAUUGAUAAAAUAAAAUUUUCAAACUCUAAGUUAUUGGUAUCAAAACAUAUGGGUGUAGAUCCCAUGUAUGACGCACUUUGCAUAAUAUAUUUACGUAUUGAACCUGAACAAUAUACACCCGAAUUGUUAUCAAUAUUACCUUUGCUAAUUAAGGAAGAAGCACUCAAUAACAUUUCAAGUAAAUUGAAUGACUAUCAGGAUGUUGUGAAAGAUACUACAUUUAAUCUUAUAACAUCUAUAUCCGACACUAAUUUAACUACAGAGGAAGCUUUCAUGUUAGGUAGUGAAAUUGUGUCUAAUAACAAACCAUGUAAAGAAAUAAAAAAUUCUCUGGAUGUUCAUACUUUAUUGAGUCAAUUAAUUAAUUUGUUCAGUCCAGCUAAACAUGAAUUCAUUGUUUCGCUUUGUCUAAAAUAUAACAUUGAGACGAAUUGUACGCUUGAAGAACUGCAAAAAUUAUACUCCUCAAUGUCUGAUUUUUUUGGAAAGGUAUCAGUGUCCUUUAAAGUAAAAGAUAAAACUUAUGCCUCAUUCUUUAAGUUAAUUACCAAUGAUACAUUUUGGAAGGAUACUCGUAAUGAUUUUGUUGAAGAAAUUUUAAACCUUAUUCAACUCACCAUUGAAGAAGGAAAUAACCAAUAUAUGUGUAACUUAGAAAUCACCAACUUAAUUAGCCAUAUAUACAAAAAUACUGAGAUCAUUCAUUUAAAGACUCUGACAAUCUGUUUCAAAGUUAUCUCAACAAUAUGGGACAAUCUUUGUGAUGAACGUUUAGUAUUGAAAGAAAGUGAGCUUCAUUAUAGAAUUAUUCAGUUACUUUUUGAUAUUAAUAACAUUAACUAUGCAACACAGUAUACAAGUUCGUCCAUGAGUGAUAAGAUUUUACAUUAUAGCGAACAAAUUAUCGUUUUAGGUUACUCAAAGAGAAGAUUUUUACCAUUAUUGGCUACCAAACUAGAGGAGUUUAUGGAAGAACACGGCUCCAAACUCACAAAAGAGGGAUCACUAUGGCUAUCAGAAAUAAUUGUUUCAUUGUUCGUUCAAGAUCAAAUGGAACAGAAUAUUUUCCAUUUAAAGUCUGUGAUGGGUUAUUUUUACGAUGGCAUAUUUCAAAAGAACAUUUCAGAUUUUACACCUUUAUACAACCAAGUUUAUUACAAACCUGAGAUAAACAAGUUUAUUUCAAUUAUUUCAACUAUUACUAAGGGUAAUUUCCAAUUUCAAACAAAUCUAAUCAACUACCUAAUAAAUAAUACCAAUAUGCUUAUCUCGAAAAAACGUAUUGAUGGUCCUGAAGAAAAAGAAAGAUCCUUAAAAUGGCAAUUAAGUUUAAUUUCCCUACAUACAGCCACAAAACAACAAGAACUUCCAAUUAACCAAAAUAUUAUCUUAAACGUAAUUCAUAGUUUAGAAACAGAAGCCUCCCCUAUAGUUCGAAUUUAUAAAGAAUGGUUUAUUUCAUACUCCCUUGCAUCUAUAAACUUACAUGAGGAAACUAAUGCUACGGCAAAUCUAUUAUUUGAGUUAAUGUGCAAUCAUGAUAAGCCAAUUCUUGCCGUCAGUGCAGAAAAGAUAAUAUUCCUUGUUUUGAAGGUUAAAGUCCAAAGUAACUCCAUGAAAUUAUUAAACAGAUUUGUUACUGUUUUGGUUUCAAAUGCUUCCUCAAAUAAACCAUUAGUUAGACAUUUUUCUAAUUCCUUGAUUUUAUCUCUAUGGCCAUUCAUUAAAGAUAGCCUACUGUCGGAUGAUAUCAAGAGGCUGUUACGAAAUCUAUACAAUAAUGCGAGGGAAUCACAAGUCAUUGGUCAAUACCGUUCAGGAGAUGCUAAUGUUUGGGAUAUAUAUAAAGAUAUGACAUUAACUGGCAUUUUUGGUGGUGUAAUAAGAAAGACUACUGAUCACCGUCCACUUUACAUCUCUUCUAUCACAUUUAAAGAUUGGAACAACACUAAAGAAUAUAUUGGGUAUUUUAAAAUCGGCACUGAUGAUCAAGAUGUAUGGUUAAAUACCAGAGAUACACAUGCUGAUGGGGAAAAAGCCAAAUAUACAGAUAAAGCAACAAAUGUUCAUGAGGAAAUGUCGCCUUUACAAACAAAGAGUGGUGCUUGGGAAACCGUAUUAGAUAUUGAUAACAAGAAAUCGUCUGCCACUGUAAAGCGUUCCAAAAUGAUUGUUGUUGCAUCUCUAAUAAGCCAACCACCAAAUUUGGGUGGUAUUUGUAGAUUAUGUGAUGUAUUGGGUGCAGAAUUAUUAACCGUUAAUGACAUCAAGAUAAAGAACCAUCCACAGUUUAAGAAAGUUGCAGUAACUGCUGAUAAAUGGAUGCCAAUAGAACAAGUCUCUAUUAAUAACAUUGGGACAUUCAUGAAAAUGAAAAAAAGAGAAGGAUACACAUUGAUUGGUUUAGAAAAAACUGAAUAUGCAACUCCAUUAGAUAGUGAAUUCAAGUUUCCAGAAAAAUGUGUAGUUCUUCUUGGGACAGAACAGAGGGGGAUUCCAGGUGAACUAUUAAUUGAUUUAGACAUGUGCUUAGAAAUUAAACAACACGGUGUUAGUAGGAUAAUGAAUGUUCAAACAGCAGCAGCAAUUGUAGUUAAUUCAUACAGCCUUCAACAUAUGUAA